UCACGUACGCUCUGAUGGGCGCAAUCUUCUUUCUUAAAGAAUAAAAACGCAAUACUUGGCGGGUGCAGUGAAAUUUGAAUAUUAAAAUUUAUAAUAAUAAAAUUUUUGUAAAUGUCUUUCUACGCUGUAGCAAACGGUCGGCGAACAGGUGUGUUUGAGACUUGGGCAGAAUGUAAGCAGGAAGUGAACAAAUUUAGCGGCGCAAUUUACAAGAAAUUUCCAUCCAAGUUGGAAGCCGACAAAUUUGUGGAUAAUUAUCUAAAAUCUAACAAAAUCAAACAAGAGGAACCCGAUUAUAUUCCUCUACAAACUACACCACAUACUAUGUGGUUUGAGGAUACUGAGGGUGAUAAAGAGUUGCUAGAAGCAUUUGAUGCAUUAAAGGAAUAUCCAGAUGUUAAUUCGAAGCCAAUUAUAACAGGCGGGGGGGAAAUUAAACAGGACCCCAGUGGAAAUAUAAAUACUGUAGACAAAGAUGGAUAUGUAGAUGUGUACGUUGGUGGAAAUAGCGAAAAUGUUGGCCAAUGGAAUUGUACGGCUGGCUAUGGUAUAUACUUUGGGAGAAAUCAUCCUCUUAAUGUAACUGAAGCCGCAUCAGGUCGCAUGACUCGGAAUGUUGAAGCAGCAAUUGCAGCAAUUGAGAGCGCCCAAAGGGUUGGUAUACCGAAACUACGCUUGCACACUAGGUCGGAGUUCUUGCUGAAUGCUGUGGCUUCUUGGAUGAAUAUAUGGAAACGAAAUGGCUGGCGAAACAAGAAUGGUAAAGUGGUACAAAACCGGAAACAAUUUGAAAAGCUAGAUGCUCUCCUCAAUGACAAUUCAAUUGACAUAAAAUGGUCUGAUGCGCGUAAGGAAUCGGAAUAAUUAUUAUUCGACAAUUAUUGAAUAAUGUCAAACAUUCGUCUAAUACUUGUUUCCGUUUAUAGCAGUGCAACAAUAGAGUACUCAAUCGCAUUUUUGAAAUGCCAUGGUUUUUGAAGUAUUUUUCAUUAUUUGUGAUUUCUUGUAAUUAUUAAUAAUAACGCAUUUUUUAGAAGUUCAGAAAGUACUCAUUUAUUAGUACCAAUGUACGAUGUAUGAAACUUAUUUUCGAUAUUUCUUUACAAAAACACUUGGUCUACAUAUUGUAAAUUAUUUAAUCUAGAUAAAUAGCCGUUGUUUUUAAAAUUGAUUUAUGUGGGAACUCCGACCUGAAAACUUUCAUAGGCAAC